AUGCGUCAGCACGAGUACUAUUUCAUCGUGCAGCGCAGGCUGGCUCGCCACUACUGUUGGCUGGAGCUCCUCUCCCGCCCGACGUCGGUGCUGGCGCAUGACAGGCGACCACUGUAUGCAUCGUGCGCCUUCCUGUGUCGGUCUCAGCGCGGCGAGGGCGACGAGGCCGCGCCUCCAGGAGCGAGGCCGGUGGUGGAGGAGCGGACGCUUGUCGCUGCGACCGAGGGCGGCUCGCCGUCGGCUGCAGAGGCGCCGGCUGCGAAGGAGGAGGAGCCGCCGGCCGACUUCAUCUGCCCGAUCACGACCGAGAUCAUGGUCGAGCCAGUCGUGGCGGCCGACGGGCAGUCGUACGAGCGGACGGCGAUCGAGCGCUGGCUCGCGACCAAGUCGACGAGCCCGCUGACCGGCGGCGAGCUCGAGCAUAGCAUCUUAAUCCCGAACCACAAUUUGCGCCGGACGAUUCGAGAGUGGCAGGAGGCGCGGACGGCACUUUGA